GAAAGGCUUCUUUUCACACAUUGUUCAUCAUCUUUAUGAGGGAACCCAAUUGAUGCAGCAUCUGAUUUGAAUGAACACCGUUGGUGUGAAAUUGAGGGUGCCAGUUUCGCUCCCCUACACCGAAAGACUAUUGCUCACUUAAUCAGUUUGGAGUCUGGAAUCUCGACAAUAUUUGCUUCACAAUCACAGGAUGAUCCCAUUUUUAUUUGUCAUAAAAAGAAAAUGUUCUCCGUUUCUUUUAUUUUCCUAUUUCAGUCAAACAAAUAACCCGCCUGAGCCUGAUACAUCAAACUGUGCCAUUGUUUCAGUCACUCAUGUAAGUGGAUUUACAUGCAUGAUGCAUGUGUAAAUGACCGACAAAUGGCCCCCAGGCCCCAGCACGUUGUGUACCUUAUUCAAACAAAUGCUGCACUACCAAAUUUUUGAGAAAGAGCAUAACUUUCAAACUAGUGCUUUAGAUUCCCGUUCUGUCUGUAGCUCCUAUUCUUCUUCUUCUAUUAUAUAACCUCUCUCUCUUCUGUGUCAUCUUCAUCCCACUCUGUAAUGGACACCCUUGUCAGAUUGUUUUCACCGCCACCACCACUACCAACCAAGACCAGUCAACUCUUUCAUGCAUCCAGUCCUCCAUUUUCUUUGCCAAAGCCCCAUCACUCAAGAAAGAGAUUUUCCAGAGUCCAAAGCAAGUAUGGAAAUUUUCUGGACUUGAAACCAGAGUCAAAACCUGAAGUUUUAGACUUUGAUCUGCCCCGGUUGGACCCUUCUAGCCGGUUUCGGUCAGAUGUGAUCAUCAUCGGCACAGGCCCUGCUGGUCUUCGUCUUGCUGAGCAAGUGUCACAGUAUGGCAUCAAGGUAUGUUGUGUUGAUCCUUCACCUCUUUCUAUGUGGCCAAAUAACUAUGGUGUUUGGGUUGAUGAGUUUGAGAGCUUGGAGCUUGAAAGUUGCUUAGACAAAACAUGGCCUAUGGCUUGUGUUCAUAUUGAUGAUAGUAAGACCAAGUAUUUGGACCGUCCUUAUGGUCGAGUCAGUAGGAAGAAACUUAAGAAUUUGUUGAUGGAGAGGUGUCUCUCCAAUGGAGUUAAAUUUCACCAGGCAAAGGUUUGGAAAAUUGAGCACAAAGAGUUUGAGUCUUUGAUUUUGUGUGAUGAUGGGAAUGAGUUGAAGGCAAGCUUAGUUGUUGAUGCCAGUGGUUUUGCAAGCAAUUUCGUAGAGUAUAAUAAGCCAAGGAACCAUGGCUAUCAGAUUGCUCAUGGAAUUUUGGCUGAAGUGGAGGGUCACCCCUUCGACUUGGACAAGAUGCUUCUUAUGGAUUGGAGGGAUUCUCAUCUUGGAAAUGAACCUUACUUGCGUACUGGUAAUUCUAGGAUCCCCACUUUUCUGUAUGCAAUGCCAUUUGAUUCCAACUUAGUAUUCUUGGAAGAGACUUCACUGGUUAGUAGGCCAGUUUUAUCUUACAUGGAGAUUAAGAAAAGAAUGGUGGCGAGGCUAAGGCAUUUGGGCAUUCGAGUGAAGAGGAUAUUGGAGGUUGAGAAGUGUUUGAUUCCAAUGGGAGGCCCUCUUCCUCGGAUACCUCAAAGCGUUAUGGCAAUUGGCGGGACUUCUGGGAUUGUCCAUCCUUCAACUGGUUACAUGGUGGCUCGGACAAUGGCUCUAGCACCGAUACUUGCUGAGGCCAUUGCAGAGUGCCUUGGUUCGAGCCGAAUGAUCAGAGGGAAAUCGCUUCAUCAACGAGCGUGGAAUGGUUUGUGGCCAAUUGAGAGGAGAUGUGUAAGGGAAUAUUACUCUUUCGGGAUGGAGACUUUGUUGAAGCUUGAUCUUAAUGGGAGUAGAAGGUUUUUUGAUGCUUUCUUUGACUUGGAUCCUUAUUACUGGCAAGGGUUUCUCUCUUCAAGGUUGUCUCUUAGAGAGCUUGCUUUGUUGAGUUUAUCUCUGUUUGGCCAUGCCUCAUUUCCGUCUAGGUUCGAUAUUGUUUCAAAGUGUCCUGUGCCCUUGGUUAAAAUGAUUGGGAAUCUAGCACUAGAAACCAUGUAAUAUUAUGUUCGUGUGAGAGAUAUUACCUGCAUUUGUGUUUUGUUCAUCUCUAACCUUCAGUUUGGUAAUAGUUUAAACUUUAAACACACUAUUGGUUCAAUAACAUUUUGUUGAUAGUGUAGCUA